UUCAUCUCAAUUUCAUUUCCUGUUUUUUUUAAACUCAUCAUUAUUUCCCAUAAACAUUCACAAUCAUCAUUGUUAUAUUUGUAUUUACAUCUUCUACAAUAAUGCCCUUAUAAACAAAGUUUUCACUGAAUCAAGGAAGAAAUUGCCAAGUUGAAAUAAAAACUGACACAUCAAUGAAAAGUGGACUAAAAUGAAAUAAUAAAUUAUUUAUAUCUACAAUUGGAAGAUUGAAAUGCAGCACAUAAAGUGCGUUGUAGUCGGUGAUGGCAAUGUUGGGAAGACGUGUCUUUUGAUGUGCUAUUCUACUAAUACUUUCAACGACGAUUACCUUCCAACAAUAUUUGAUAAUUAUAAGACUACUGUAAAGUUGGAUGACAUGUAUAUUGAGUUAGGACUAUGGGAUACAGCAGGUCAAGAAGAUUAUGACCGAUUUCGGCCAUUAUCAUAUCCACAAACAGAUGUAGUUGUAGUAUGUUUUUCACUUGUUCAUCGAUCAAGUUUUGAAAAUAUUAAUCAGAAAUGGAUUCCUGAAAUCAGACACCACCUCACAGGAGUACCGAUUGUUUUAGUGGGUACAAAACUUGACAUUCGACAAGACAAAGAACUAAAUAAAUCAAAACAUUCUAACAAAAACAAUAUCCCUGUAUCAUUCAUUGAAGGACAAACUUUAGCCAGAAAAAUAGAUGCCGUGAGAUAUUUAGAAUGUUCAGCAAAAACUCAGGAAGGACUAAAUUUAGUGUUCGAAGUGGCUAUAAAGGCUGUGAUAUGUCCAUCUACGCAUAAACAAAAAAACAAAAUGUGUAUUUUAUUGUGAUCUUUUUAAAUAUACUAUAAUGUGUUACAUACUUUUACACAGCAUUUGAAAAUAUAACAUUAAAAAUU